UUCCCUGUUAAUCUGCCCAAUCAGAGUUUACUGACAAGGUGGAAGUUGGUUGCUACGUCCUCGUACAAAUCCGUGUGUCAGUGAGAGUAGUGACGAGGAUUUCCAUCGAAGUAACCAACAACAACUCCAGAGAAGUUUCUGUGAAGAAUGUUGCGGUUGAAACAGGAUGUCCUCGGGUGUUUGGAGGUGACGGGAGAUACACGGUCGGUAGGGGGAAAUAACUUUACAUUGUAACCUUUGUGUGGUGGGCUACAGCUGUAUUUCUGACUGACAACCCCGCAGCAUGCCACGCAGGCAACUAACUUCUCCAAGGAAAAGAAAAGUUUUCCUUCCACCCAUAAGUGGCCAGCUGUGUGACGACAGGAUACUUUGACAUUGUUUGAAGUUUCACGAGGAUUUCACUUUUUUUUUUUUAAAGCGUGAGAAUGAUGAAGGUUAGGAGAUACUUGAGAGGUAGUGGGAGGGUACUCGCGUUUGUGUUCAUUGCCUCUAUCAUCUGGCUGCUGUUUGACAUGGCUGCACUUCGCAUAUCACUAAACGACGUGAACAGUCAGCUGCUGAAGGAACAAGUGAUAAAAGAGAGGCAGCUUUUCAGACAGCAGUACAGAGUGACACAGCUGAUGAAAAGAGGCUUUAAACACCCAAUUCAGAGGGUGGACUUGGCUUCUCCACAGGCUGGGAAAGGACCACUCAAUUCAAGCAUCAAACUAGCCCAUGUGUACAGACCAGGGGGCAAGAUACAGGACCAAAUGUUAGGGGGUAAAAACCCUGACUCUUUGCAGCACAAAGGAGAUGCUCCACUAAACAAGGACAACCCUAAACGUAUUGCUUCUGAACAGAAAGGAAAAGUUAAACCAAAGCAGGGUGAUCUUGCAAAGAAGAAAGCUGUAAAUCUGGAUCUAAAUGGGGCAAAACUAGAAAAAAGCCAAGUCCUGGAUGAUUCUAAUAAAGUAGUAGAGUCAAAUAUACACAAAGUGCCACAUGGUGUUCAGGAAAAUAAUCAUGCCCAUCUAACAACCACAAAGAAGGCACCUGUAAAAGAUGAAGUCGUCGUAAAAAUCCCUGUAAACAAAGCUGAUUCAAAGAAAAACGAAAAAGUCAAAGAUGAACCCAAGAUUAAGAAUGGUACCGAUGUGAGUCAGCAUCAGACGGAGAAGUCACAGCCUGUUAAAGCAACAUCUAAACCUCCAAACAAGGAUCCACAAGGGAAGGAGGUCAGAAUGAAAGCGGAGGAUAAAGAGGCUCAUAAGGCAGCGAAGGAAACUCCAAAACCUACAAUCAAGGUCCGAGCAGGAAAGGAUUCCAAAAAACAAAUCAUGGCUGUUAAAAAGUCUGGCGUCCACAAAGUGCUCUCUCUGGAUGCGACUGAUGUUCCCAGAAAUGCUCGUGCAGUGGGCCAAUUCGGCGUGGCAGUGAAUGUUGCCAGUAAUGAAAACUCUGAGGUGAGGAGGAGAUGGGAUGAAGGACAUUUUAAUGUUUACCUGAGUGACAAGAUCCCACUGGACCGAGCGAUCCCAGACACCCGACCUGAGAUGUGCGCACAGAAUCUCGUCCACAACGACUUGCCGUCCACCAGUGUGAUUUUCUGUUUUGUGGAUGAAGUGUGGUCCACGCUCCUCCGCUCUGUGCACAGUGUGCUGAACAGAUCUCCACCUCACCUCCUGACUGAGAUCAUUCUAGUGGAUGACUUCAGCACCAGAGAGUAUCUGAAGGAGAAGCUGGAUAAGUACAUGUCCCAGUUCCCUAAAGUGCGAAUCAUUCGCCUGAAGGAGCGGCAGGGCCUGAUCAGGGCCAGGCUGGCCGGAGCGGCUGCAGCCAAAGGUGAGGUCCUAACCUUCCUCGACUCCCACGUCGAAUGUAACGUGGGCUGGCUGGAGCCGCUGCUGGAGAGAGUGUAUCUGGAUCGCAGGAAGGUGCCCUGUCCAGUUAUUGAAGUCAUCAGUGAUAAGGACAUGAGUUAUAUGCUGGUUGACAACUUCCAAAGAGGUAUCUUCAGAUGGCCUCUGGUGUUCGGCUGGAGCGCCUUACCAGAGGAGUACAUCAAGAAGAAUAACAUGACUAUUGCAGAUCCCAUCAGAUGUCCAGUUAUGGCUGGAGGGCUUUUCUCCAUAGACAAAAAGUACUUCUAUGAGCUGGGUGCUUAUGAUCCUGGCCUGGAUGUGUGGGGAGGGGAGAACAUGGAGAUCUCAUUUAAGAUCUGGAUGUGCGGAGGGGAAAUCGAAAUCAUCCCCUGCUCUCGAGUGGGACACAUCUUCCGUGGAAAGAAUCCCUACAAAUUCCCCAAAAACAGGCAGAAGACUGUGGAGCGUAACUUGGCCAGGGUGGCGGAGGUCUGGCUGGAUGAGUACAAGGACCUUUUCUACGGACACGGUUACAACCACCUGCUGGAUAAAAAGGUGGUCGACAUCGGAAAUCUCACCGAGCAGAUUGAACUGAGGAAGAGGCUCAAUUGCAAGAGCUUCAAGUGGUACCUGGAUAAUGUGUAUCCAGAUAUGGACGCUCCCUUAGCGAAAGCUGAGGGCCUGGUCUUGAAUCGGGGUUUAAGAAAAUGCCUCUCUCUACAGGGUGGCUCUCUGUUGUUUGACACAUGUGAUCUAAGCAAGCAGAGUCAGCACUUUAACUACACCUGGACGAAGCAAAUCCGCCACCAGGAUCAAUGCAUAGCAGCCCAGUUCAAUGACAACGGCUCUGUUUUACAACCCUGUGACGACAACAAGCCUGAACUCCGCUGGUUUCACAAAUCCUCCAAGUCGGCUCUGGGGGAGCACCUCAUAGCAGAGUUCAUUUCCCACCACAUGUGCCUGGAGGCCAAUCCAAAGGGAGACACUUUCCAACUCAACUCGUGUGAAACCAGCAACCUCUUCCAGAAGUGGCAGUUCACACACUACAAUACUAAUUGAUAAGACUGAGAGUGAACUCAAAGUGGUGAAACUCAGACACUACAAGAACACACACCACUGUCCGGAGGAGGCGGGGGAAACACAUACACUUAGUGUGAAGCGGAGGGAGUGGCGCUGUGCAAUGUUUCCAAUGUCCUUUUUAUCAUAUCAACAUGGACUGACUUUAAACUUUGAACUCUCGUGCCUAAGAGAAAGCGAGCAUCUUUUCUGCUUUUGCUGGAGAUAGUUCAUUUUCAAGAAGAUGCUCUAUGCUGGUGUGAGGGGAACAAACCAAACGACUACAAGUUAACGUCAAAGAGAAGACGUUUGUCAGCACAAUGAAUCAUUUCUCUGCCAAAGAUAGAGAGUGCCUUUUUGUUUUUGUUUUGUUCUGGGACUACAUAAUGAGUGCAUGUGAUGUCAAACUGAUUUAUUUGUAAAAAAAAAAAGUGAUACACACCUUUCUUUUUUUUUUCAGUGAGACAGUUUUAUUUUCUGGAUGUCUAUUUUUGUUGGAUGGUGAACAGUUACUUCUCUGCUUUUAUAAAUUGGUCUUAUUAAGGUGAAGGUUUUUUGCUCUGGAAACUGUCCUGUUGUAUGAAAUCCUUCUUGUCACUAGAGGGAAGUGUUGGUUCAAAAAACACUCCAUAAACCUGUGCUGUGAUUUGAUGAUUUUCUAACUCUUAUCAAACUCUUCAACCACACAUAGACAAAUCUUCAUUUUCUAAUGAAACUCCAAAUAAAACGAUGACAACAAAGA